ACAGUGCCCCUCCCACGUGUAAAUAGUAUGGACCAACCUGGAGUUUUUCAUGCGGCUCUGCCCUGUUUACUAAACCCCCUUUUCUACAAAAUAUGUGAAUAAAAAGCCAUUUUGAUUCUUAAAAAAAAAAAAAAAAGAAAGAAAAUGCCUCCAUAAGAUGGAGCUAUAGACUACUGGAUAAAGCCUGGGGACCGUGUGACAAUGGAAGCAUCUUGUCAGGACUGUUACCUGAGAAUCCAGAGCAUCAAUAUCCUGAAUUUGGAACAUGAAAUGGAAGUUAUAAAAAAUUUUACCAAGAGUAAAGACUUGCUCUCUCUAGGGAAUGAGGCUGAGCUCUGCAGUGCUCUAGCUAACCUUCAGACCAGUAGAGCAGAUGCUCUGGAGCAGACCUGUGUGUUAGAACCUACAGAUUGCUUUGCUCAAUAACAUUCCAUAUCAUGAAGGCUUUAAGAUGGCGAUGAGGAAGGUGUUGUCUUCACUGGCCCCAGAGAAGCUGUGCCAGCCUGUGGAUCCUCCCGGAAGGAGGAGGACUCCAGGAGUCCCUAGGCCCUGCCGUGGCCUUGGUAUACAGAAGAUACUUUCCUGUUCCCUUGACUGUGAGAAGACUCCGUGGUUAGGAGCUUUGUACCAAAAACCAAGAGAGCAGCAGCACCAAAGCCAAGAGGAGAUCAAAUCCAGAGUACCUAUCCGUGUAUUUCUGGAUUUAUCUUCAUUGCCAUGUAUCCCUUUAAGCCAGCUAGUGGAACUCUUAAGAUUAGAUCUGAUGACUCUGUAUUUGAACACUUCCAAUAGAGAAGUAAAGGUCCGCAUUUGUAGGUCUGGACGAGUGACCGCUGUCCCAUUUUGGUUUCAUUUGUGCCUUGAUGAUGAAGUCAGAUUGGACACCUCAGGCGAAGCCUCCCACUGGAAACAAGCUGCCGUGGUCCUGGAAAAUCCCAUCCGGGUGCAAGUGGGGAAGGAGCUUGUGCUCAGUGUUGAGCAUCACAAAAGCAAUGUCAGCAUCACAGUGAAGCAGUGAGCGAGACUCUAAUCAUAAAAUGAGUGUGUAAAAUCCUUGUCAUGGUCAAGAAUGGUUAAGGGUGGCUUAAGUAACCAUGGUUAAUAAAGCACAUGGUGACAGCCUUAAA